AUGACAAUCUGGCUGAAUAGAAGAGAUUUUGUGGCUCUGAAUCAGCAUAACUGUGGACAAAGCUUAGAAGAUGAGAUUAAAGACAAUACCACAGUGUUCACAAGGAUCCUUGAUCGUCUGCUAGAUGGCUAUGAUAACCGCUUAAGACCAGGACUGGGAGAGCGUGUAACUGAAGUGAACACCGACAUCUUCGUUACUAGCUUUGGACCAGUUUCUGAUCAUGAUAUGGAAUAUACAAUAGAUGUAUUUUUCCGACAAGGUUGGAGGGAUGAAAGACUAAAAUUCAAAGGACCUAUGACUGUUCUCCGUCUAAAUAAUUUAAUGGCUAGUAAAAUAUGGACUCCAGAUACAUUUUUCCACAAUGGAAAGAAAUCAGUGGCUCACAACAUGACCAUGCCAAACAAACUGUUGCGAAUAACAGAAGAUGGGACACUACUUUAUACAAUGAGGUUGACUGUGCGAGCUGAAUGUCCUAUGCAUUUAGAGGAUUUCCCAAUGGAUGCUCAUGCCUGCCCAUUGAAAUUUGGAAGCUACGCUUAUACAAGAGCUGAAGUUGUAUACUCCUGGACACGAGAGCCAUCACAGUCUGUUGUAGUUGCUGAAGAUGGCUCCAGGUUAAAUCAAUAUGAUCUGCUAGGUCAAACGGUGGCGUCUGGAAUUGUUCAAUCUAGUACAGGUGAAUAUGUUGUGAUGACAACUCAUUUCCACUUAAAAAGAAAAAUUGGCUACUUUGUCAUUCAAACUUAUUUACCCUGCAUUAUGACAGUCAUACUGUCUCAAGUAUCAUUUUGGCUGAACAGAGAGUCGGUUCCUGCAAGAACUGUAUUUGGUGUAACAACAGUACUUACCAUGACUACACUGAGCAUCAGUGCCAGGAAUUCUCUUCCAAAAGUUGCAUAUGCCACAGCCAUGGACUGGUUUAUAGCAGUGUGUUAUGCAUUUGUAUUUUCUGCUUUGAUUGAAUUUGCAACAGUAAACUAUUUUACAAAGCGAGGUUAUGCAUGGGAUGGAAAAAGUGUAGUUCCAGAAAAGCCUAAAAAAGUGAAGGAUCCUCUAAUAAAGAAAAACAACACAUAUGCUUCUGCAACAGCAAACUACCCACCUAUUGCUCGAGACCCUGGUCUGGCAACCAUUGCUAAAAGUGCAACCAUGGAACCAAAAGAUAUUGAACCAAAGCCAAAGCCUGCAGAACCCAAGAAAACAUUCAACAGUGUGAGCAAAAUUGACCGACUAUCAAGAAUAGCAUUUCCACUACUUUUUGGGAUCUUUAACUUGGUCUACUGGGCAACAUAUCUCAAUCGGGAGCCUGCAAUCAAACCAUCAGCACCACCUCAAUAA